UAGAAGUCAAAGUCCUGUUCCAAGUAGAUAUGGAAGAAGUACAAGUAAGGUUAUCUGGAGUCGAAGUCAUGGACGCAGCAGAAGUCCUGAUAGAAGCUCUAGGAACUUAUCUUUUCAUACCACUAGUAGUAUUAGUGGUAGCUGUGGUUGUGGUAAUUAUAGUAGUUUAUUCUGCUUUAUCUAAACCAUCUGAAUUAAUAAUAACUUUACUUUACGUGUGUUUAGUUUAA